AUGAAUAGAACCUGGUCUAUGCGAAAGAGCAAAAAACUAAAAAAAGAUGAUAUAGGAGUUCCUUCUAAUUUUCAGCAUAGAAUUCAUGCCGGUUAUGAUUCAAGGACUGGAACGUACACUGGUCUACCCAAACAAUGGCAAGCAUUGCUCGGCCCACCAAGGAGCAUAUCUCGUCCAAAACCAUUAGUUGACCCCUCUUGUAUUACUCCUACCGAUAUGGCAGAACUGAAAACAGUUAUCCGCGGAUAUGGAGAUGGUUCCAGAAUGAACACACCUGUUCCAUCUGUAUCCAGCAGCAAUACAUUACGGAAUUCCAAUCACAGGGGAAAUGGACAUGUGAACGAUUUGUCAUUCGGGUCUAGACCUCCUUCGGUUCAACAAUCAUGUGUUGUAAAUAAAGCUUAUCAGAGCAGCACACUAGGUCGAGCAUCUGUUAGAGGUUAUCCUUUUAAUGAUCCCGGUUACUUGCCGUUGCCGAUGAAAACAAUAAAUGAUAAUAGCCCGAAACAGAUUAUUACGACAUUCGGAGUGGAAUCUAAUUCAAACCACAUAGAAAAGUAUUCAGUACAACCUUCUUACAAUCCAGACACAUUGCAAAAACAACAAAUAGGAUCCAGACAAGCUGCUGAGUCACAACAUGUAUCACCUGCAAAAGCAGGGGGCAUCAGUUAUGAAGAAUUCCGAGAUGCAUUACGGAAAGUUGUUUCGCCAUCUGAUCCACGUCCUGAUUUAACUGAUUUCAAACAAGUCGGCGAAGGAUCUACAGGAAAUGUAUCUGCUGCUUACAAGAUCUCGACUCGUCAAAUUGUCGCUGUUAAGCGAAUGAAUUUGAGAAAACAACAACGUAGAGAACUUUUGUUCAAUGAGGUUUCUAUUAUGCGUGAUUACCAGCAUCCUAAUAUAGUUCGCAUGUAUUCAUCCCAUUUAGUAGAUGAUGAACUUUGGGUAGUUAUGGAGUUUAUGGAAGGAGGCUCGUUAACUGAUAUAAUAACACAGACUAGGAUAUCCGAGGCUCAAAUUGCUACUAUUGCACUCCAAGUGCUUGAGGCUUUGGACUAUCUCCAUUCGAGACAUGUCAUUCACAGAGACAUUAAAAGUGAUUCAAUAUUAUUGAAACGUGACGGAAUAGUGAAAAUUUCUGAUUUUGGCUUUUGUGGUCAACUCUCCAAAGAGUUACCAAAACGUAGAUCGCUCGUAGGCACCCCCUAUUGGACAGCAGCUGAAGUGAUCGCACGACAACCUUACGACACAUCUGCUGAUGUUUGGUCUUUCGGAAUAAUGUUGAUUGAAAUGGUUGAGGGUGAACCUCCAUAUUUCAACGAGCAACCUUUCCAGGCAAUGAAGAUUAUCCGAGAUCAGCCACCGCCAAAGUUCAGUCGUAAUGCAAAUGUUUCCCCAGAAUUGGAUCAUUUACUAUCACGUUGUCUGGUGAAAGAAGGAACUCAAAGAGCUACAGCUGGUGAGCUGAUAAAGCAUCCAUUCUUCAGGAAAGCUCAACACUACUCAACUAUUGCUCCUUUAAUUCAUACUCUUUAA